AUGAAAAAUAUUCGUUGCAUACUUAUUUCUUUACAUGUUUUACUUACAAUUUUUUUAAUAUAUAAUCUUCAUCCUCAUUUAUCUCUUGUUGAAAAUUCAUUCAAACAUGAUAAACAAGUUUCAUCAAUUAUUCAUUAUAUUACGGGUUUGUUCUAUAUAUCACUUUAUCAUUCAUCAUGCAUUAUUGCUAUAUGGUAUAGUGAUUGUCACAGUGCUGGAAUAAUACGUGCAACAGGAAUAUUGUUAAUUGGAGAAUUUUUACAAAUGAUUUCAACAGCUAUUCAACAUAUAGUUGAAACAUAUCAUACGAUAGCUGGAGAACUAUUUUUUAAUAUUAUUACUUUAUUAAUAUUUGUAACAGCUAUAAUAAUUACUUUUAUGCUAGCCAAAAAAAUUUCUCAACAUGAACAAGAUUUAAUGCAAGCAGAAUUGUUAACAACAACUUUUAGUGAAAUAUCAAUGAACAAUGGAGGAGAUUUUUCACUUGUUUAA